AAGAAAUAGGAAAGGAAAGAAAGGAAGGUAGAGGAAAAGAAAGAAUAGAAGGAAGAAAGAAAAAAAGAAAAAAAAGAAAGAAAGAACAAGGGGAGAAAGGUGGAGGAUAUCCACCGGGAUGCAUGAUCAGGAGCAUCUUAUUUCAUAGAGAAACCGAGACAUAUUUGUCUUAUGGGAUUUAAAACCUGGGCUGCAUCAACAAUUUAUCUGUUUUAAUCUCUGGCAUAAUACCAUCUUUGUACAAUGCCUUAAAUUAUGAUUAUCUAGCAUAAUUCUAACUUUCAAUUGCAGCAUCGAAUAUUACUUCCUAGAAAAUGGUAAGAUUUUAAAGUUACUAUCCAUAAUUUCUUAAAUUGGCAAGUUUCGAUAAAAAAACAAUGACAAUGAGCAUGGUGAUUAGCCUUUUUUUUUUCUUUUUUUCUUUUUAAAAAUGGGAAGCACUAAUAUUUGUCAUUUUGUUUUCCUUGAAUAAUGCUUACCGGUCAUCAAAUUUAUUUUUAACAGAAGCAACCAGAGAUUCACCUUUUUGCUGCCAGAUUUAAGGAACUAAGUGGAGAUGUUAUGGAAGCUCGUACAGAGUAUCAGCUUCUGUAUUCUGAAAUUUCACCUGGUCUGUUGGAAGCUGUUGUUAAACAUGCAAACAUGGAAAAUCGACUGGGAGACAGAGAUGCUGCAUUUUCUAUAUAUGAGAAGGCUAUCGCUGCUGAACAGGAAAAAGGGCAGUCUCAAAUAUUGCCAAUGUUGCUUGUGCAGUAUUCGCGAUUUGUAUAUCUGGUUGUUGGUAAUGCAGAAAAGGCUAGGGAAAUUUUAGCUGGAUCUCUCGAGCAUAUUCAACCAUCCAAACCCCUUCUCGAGGCAAUCAUCCAUCUGGAGUCGAUCCAGCCAUCUCCGAAGCAUGCUGAUUAUUUGGAUUCAUUGGUGGAGAAGUUCAUCAUGCCCAAUCCUGAAAAUCCCAACAUGGGUAGCACCACUGACAGAGAAGAGAUAUCUAGCAUAUUUUUGGAG